UUUCUCAAUGCUAUAUUACAUUUGCUCGGGAGAAACUGACAGUAAAGAUGCAUUUCUUUCUUUCUCCAACAAUGUUUAUAGUUAUAAUGGUUACCAUUGGGCAGUCAUGUUGGAUGGUAGCUGCAAAUGAACCGGUAUGUUCCAGAUUUGACUACGAGGAGAAACUAUUAGAAAAAAUGGUUAGAACGGAGAUAAAAGUUGAACAAAUGGUAGAAGAGAUGAAGAAAACAAAAGAAAGUGUGGCGACCAUAGCGACAGACAUUCAGCAAAGAGCUGAAAACGUGGAAAGUAAUUCCAUUCGAUUGCAAGGACUUAUUAACGAUACUUUGACAAGGUUCGCUGAGGAUAUAGGAGAGGAAAAGAACAAACUAACAGCACUAGCAGAGAAAGUGACACCAGUUCCUGUCGUGGCAUUCCACGCCCGUCGCUCGUCUACUGUAACGGUGAGCAGUGGUGGAACUGUCGUAUUUGAUACCGUCUUAAUGAAUGAAGGAGAAAGUUACGACAGGGCUACAGGUGUAUUCACUGCACCAUACAAUGGACUUUAUUACUUCGCGGCUCAUGUAUGUAAUCAAGGCAAUAAAGAUGUACAAUACGCAAUAGUUGUCGAUAAUAACCAGUUAACAUCAAGCACACAGUACGAUGAUAAUAGUGUGUACAGCUGUAGCUCUGUAAAUGCCGUCGUGGUGAUGAAGUCUGCGGACCGUGCGUGGAUCAAAUGUACGGACUCUUCAACCUUUUACAAUGACGGCCGCAGAUGGAAUUCAUUUGUUGGAUCACUUUUAAACAGAUAAAUUAGUUAUACAAAGUCAUAGAUCUUGGUCAAAAUUGUCUUUCAAGUGCUUUUUUAUAUCGAAUUGCUUAACUCCAGCUGAAAUGGCAUUGACCUACCAGAGUUCAUUUUGAAAGAAACAAGCUUUUAAAUGUAUAUAAUAGCAUGUACAGUAUAUGUUUAUAUAAAAUGCUGGACGUUUAGCUUCUCCAGACUUUUGGAAGGAUAAUUACAAAUGCAAUUGCGAUAUUGAACAGACAAACGCUAGAGUCUAAGAACUAUCCUUUGAGUCAAGGAAAUUUUAUACGGAUUGUUUAAAAAUGACGUAGCAUUUAAAUUCACCCUUGUAAUUGAAAUAAAAUAACGCCCUUACGUUAAUCAAACGCCUUAACCAAAUGUUUCAACAUUUAGAACAAUUUUACGUUUCAGUAAAUGAAUAUUGUUAUUGUGCUAGGAUUUAUAAAAAGUGCAAAUGUCGAUUCUUUGUCACUUGAUAUUGGCUAUAUAUAUUAAUAAUGGCAUUAAGUGCCAUUAAGUGGUAUGAAUAUACUGUUACAUGAGCGAAAAUAUGAACACCAACAUUAGAGGAAAUGCCUUGCUUUUCUAGGAGAUACAAACGUUUGGUGAAAAUGAUAUGCCGCCAAGUUAAAAAGAGGUUUCUGAUAUAAAUUCAGAAAAUCUAUCAACCGUAGUUUAAAUGUUAAAAAUUAGUCUUUAUUUGUCAUAACGUAUUUAUUCAUGCAUUUUCAAGAAUCUUAUAAAUGAUAGAAAUACUUAUAUUAAGAAUGGCUCUUUUUUUAUUUCAUCUUACAUGAUUAUUGAUGCAUGACUAAUUUUGUGUAUUUUAGAGAUUCCGCUGUUGCAAUAUAAUUCAGUUUUUAAAAGGCAUGCGUAAAACGUGUUUAAAUAUAUUUUAUAAUAUUCGCUUUAGUUAUGGUAAUUAUGGAAGAGUACAGCAUGAGUAAAAACCUUAUGCACUAACAAGUUUGAUUUUAAUGUCACACUGACACAGUUACAGAAGAUAAAAGUUAAGAGUAGAUUUCCCGGAAGUACAUAGCACCCCAAACACAGUCAUAGAACCAUAGAGCCAUAGGUCAAAUGGCGACGUUCCAGUUUUUGAUGGUGGAAGAAGACCCAUGGGCCACUCCGUACAUUAUUUCAUCACAUGACCUUUUGUGAUAGUAUCACUACAUUGAACUAGAAACUAUUAAAUACUUAUCAAUUCUGCAUUUAAAGUGUCUAUAUUCAAUCUUUUUAAAAUUAAUUCUCUGAAAGGACCAAAAAAUUAAUGGGGCCGGAAACUAAUAGUCACAUAAUUACUUCAUAUAUACACCCUUUUUAGUAUUCAAGCCAUAUUGUCAAGAAAUUAGGGUGAAAAGAAAUGAAUCAGAUCUGGUUACUACGAUAACUGGAAUGUUUUCAUUUUUGCAAAAAAUAGCUAUUUCUGAUAGUCAGAUUUUACUAAAAUGUGACAAUUUUCUUCACACAUUUUGGUCUUUAUGUCUGAAAAAGAGCACUAAUUUUCAUAUUUGCCUGAUAUACAUACCUUAUAUUUUAAACAAAUAUUGCCCUUCAGCAUUUUUAUAGUUUUAGAAGCAACAAUUUUAUAAAUGUUCCCCCUAGAGAAUUUUACAAUAUCAAUUAAACUUGGUCUGCAUGUAUAUUUUUGAUAUCUCAUAGAAAAAUGUGCACUCAUCUGAAUAUAGUAUAUGUAUGGAUUCAGCAAGGCAAAGAUAUUCAUUUUUAUUUCAUGAGGAUAAUAUAUAAAUAUUAUAUGGCAGCGUGUAUAACAUUGAUAUUGUCAACCCGAGGGCAAAAUGUAAAAUGAGUCAAUCUUAUGAAGAAACGCUAAAAUUUGUGAUAAACGGCAGCUUUAUCAUUUGAUAAAUGCAGGCCGGGGACACAUGUCUCCCGAUAUUGUCACUUGUUGUAUUGUGAUAAAAACUCUGAAUCGUACGAUUUAUUUAGUUACAUACAAAGAAAACGUGCGCACAAUUUCAGCUUUGUAAAUGUUUAAAUGACGGAGAAAUCGGUCAUAAAUGAGCGUCGAUGGUAUACUGUGUAUUGCAAAUAUUGACCUGUAACACAUUUUUCUGUACUGUGUAUUGUUCACAUUAUCACUGAGUUUUAUAGAAUAAAUCUUGCAAAAUGUACAUUAUCAUUUCCUUUUCAAAGUACAAAACAGUAAUUUCUUUAGCUCUGAAGAUACGUGAUGUUUUUUCAUUGAUAUUUAUAACGUUUACUCUGCUGUAAUUUAUGUAAUAAGCUCUAAUUCGUAACUCACAGUCCCAAUAGUGCAACAGUGGGCAAUAAUUUUUGUUAUGCUUACCAGUUGUAAAGGUAUACUAUAUUCUUACGCUAUGUGUUGUUGAGCAUUGUUUAAGUUGAUAUUACAUAAAUUAUCUCAAAACAGUUAAAGGUAACUUUUUUAAAUUUGGCAUUGGUAUGUCACUAAAGUCUUACUCUCAAUAUUUUGCAGAAAGCCCGGUCCUACUAAUAAAUGCUAUAUUGUGAUUUUUUUCAUUGCAGAUUUAACUUCUUCAUGUGUGUUUAUAGCUCGACGAACGAAUUUAAGGCCAUUAUUUGUCAUUUUGUUGAACACCACCCUAAUGACGAAAAUAAUACAGUACGCUCACCUCCAAAACCGCAAAAAAGUAAAUUACAAAAUAACACCAGAAAUAUGCAGAAAAAAGCGGGAAAUUACUGAUGAUUCAGAAAAUAUUUAAAUACAUGUUUCAAAAAGAAGCCCGCUUACAAAAGGGACAAAGUUCCAGCAGAAAGAAACCCUUUAAAAAGGUUGUAAAGACACAUUUUAUUUGGACAAAUUGUGAGGGGCCUGUUCACGGACGGCAGUGGAAAUGCAUGUUACCUGCCACGCCCUCAAGCAGAAAUCAACAUUUACACAUGCUACCAGUACCAAAAUAUAAUUUAGAGACACCCGCACGGCGAUGUACAUGGAACCUUCGAUGAUACACUGAGUGCAAUUCCAUGGACAGACGAAGUUUUAGGAGAGUAUACAUUGUUAUACAGUCUUUGAAAGAAUGUGACAAAAUAGAUUACAUGGCCUUUAAAUAGUUUGUUUGCCAAGGAAAAUUUCCUUUAAAUGAUGUAAAUUUCUGUAUUUCUUGAUGUCGCAAGAUGUUUUCCGUCGACAACUAGGUUAAUAUGAGGUAUAGUGAAGAAUGAAAGUUGUUUUGAAUAACAGGCUUAAAACUCUUCCGAGAAUUUUACAAUGGCAUAUAUCUUGUAAAUGAAGUGUGCAAAAAAUUACAGGAAUAACGCAUGUCACUGUUUCCUCCUACUUUUAAAACAAAUUGCUCAGUGCAUAUGACACCUAUUUUGUUCCGUUUGAAGCAAGUGGUGAGCUGAUUACCUUUCAGAACAAUACAUUUAAAGCAAUAAAAAUAGCUUUGACUAUAUUAUAUUAAGAACUUUUCAAGUGAAACUAGUUCCAUCGUUCUAUGUCAAUUAAGUCUAAGGUUAUUGAAGAGAAACCACUUUAAAAGUUCAAAGCCCCAAGACCUUGACCUUUGAACAAUUGACACCAAAAUCAAGAAUGGGCCAUCUAUUGACCAAGGGUUAUGUCCCUUUAAAGUUAGGCAACAGAAUUACAUUACAUUCGGCAAUGGUUAGUCUUUAGUCAGUUUUUCGGGGUGACUAUUGGCGUGCCGCUGUAAUUGUAGGUUGUAAUUUUAGUGUUCAAGCUGGUGCUUGUUAUUUUCGCUGUGAAAUCUAAUGUCAUCUGCAAACAAAAAAGACAUUCCAUCAUUUGGGCCAAUGCCAUUACAUGCCUUGUUUAUCUAAUGACCAUCAAUGCUGAAAAUACGCACGAUUUUCAAUUUCAAUACUCAGUACACGAAACUGCAAUACACAGUACAAAUAUUACUUUGAAAGCUCAAUACACAGUACACCAUCGACACUCAUUUAUCACCGAUUUCUCCGUCAUUUGAACAUUUACAAAGCUGAAAUUUUGCACAUGUUUUCUUUGUAUGUAACUAAAUAAAUCGUACGAUUCAGAUUUUCCCCACAAUGCAAAUAGGUGAUGGUAUCGGGACAAAUGUGUUCAUGACAUGCAAUUAUCAAAUGAUAAACUUGUCAUUUUAUCACAAAUUUAAGCGUUUCUACAUAAGAUUGACUCAUUUUACGCUUGUAAGAGCAUAUAUACAGUAUCUGGUUAUUAAAAGUAAUGUUGUUUUUUUUUCUCCUAUAGUAAUAUAAUACAAUAGUAUAUUGGGGGUUUACUUACCUUGUUGACGAAAAAUAAUCACGUUAUUCGGAAAUACCUUAUCAAUAAAUGGCAAUAUCCAGUGUACGCAUCCUCACCGUGAAAAGUGAGGUAUAAUAGUAAUAUAUACAGUCGUUUCUGAACAUUUAUUUCUAUCAAUUGAAAAUAAUAUUGCAAUAUAUCACAACAGUAUGCAGACAUCAUAACUGGUGAUCAUAUUUGUACUUUGCCAUUUUUACGUGUAUUUCACUCAGUUUUUUUUUUAACUUUUACAUGUGUAUAUAUGUAUGUAAAUAAUAAUGUUUUUCUUAACAUAAGGCUUAGAUCUAAUUCAUAGCAUUUACCAUUUAUUUGUUCAGCAGCUUUUUUAAUAUAAUAAAUUUCUGUAGUACAUUG